CAGAGCUCAGCCUGUUCUACAAGACAUGUCGGAUCAGAGGUACAGAUCACGUCUUUUAAGUUUAAGAUCUCAAAUAAAUGCUAAUUUUGAUAGAUUGAUAGGACAAGCAACUAUGGGAAACGAGGACCAAGAAGGCAGUCUUGUUGAAAGGUUGCGAGAGUUCAGAAAUGAGACAAAUCCAAGACCGCCAAGGAGGAGGAGGAGGAGGGUAGUCAACAUCCCGCGAACGUUAAGGGUACGCGUGGGAUUCAUAGAUGAGGGAAACAAUCGACCAGUUACUCGACAGAGCCAGGGGAUUGUAAAUCUGUAUGUUCCUGUGGACCAGACAGAGGAGGAGUUUGUCAGUGAAAUAAGUUUUCCCAGGGCUUGGUGAUAGGCCAUUCGAGCUCUGUCGGAUGGAUGCUCACCAUAACAUCAUCGUCCUGAAUUUGCUUGGCAUCACACCACGUGACAUUAAAGAUUGCCUUGAAUUGAAUAGGUCUGCGGUUUAUGUCAGAAUCAAGGGUGAGGACCAACCUCCUGUUACUGAGCCCAACCAGCCACCCUCACUUGGAACGCCAAAUCCCCCUCCUUCUUCUACCAGGCCGAGACUGUUAGACUCUCUGUCACCUGACAACAGCCGUAUGCAGACCCCCACAGAAGAAAGUCAUGUUUCCCUGUCACCAGGAAGGAUGCCCUUAAGCACUGCACAGUGCAUUAGAAAUAGCUCAAGCAGAUUGUCUCAUCAGGUGCAUAAUGAUGUCAGUGGUGGGGAUGCAGACUGUGUGUUUGUGGAGGAAACACAGCUGGCAGAGGCCAGAGGGCAAAUUCCAGAGGUGCCAUCUUUUGAACAGACAGUGGAAACUGUAGAACAGACACAAGCACUAAGGAGAAGCCAGGACAUAGAAUACCUGGAGGCCCUCAACAGAGACAGGCAAAGGGACCAGGAGAGGGCAACACAGAGACUGGCUUUGGAGCGUAGAGAGCAAGCUGCGCAGAUGAUGGAGGAGAGGAGAUUGAAUGCCUUAAUGGAAAGACGUGGACGUCUGUACCCUGAACCUUUAAAUGGCUUCAUAAUCCAACUCAAAUAUCACAAUGGUUCCAUGAAGUCAAGGAGGUUCCUACCUACACAGUCAUUGCAGAAUCUUAUGGAUUAUGCUGGCAAUGAAGAUUCAGCCAGUGAAAUAUUCUGGUUGAGCAUGCCAAGUGUAGGCACAAGGCUAUUAAGCACUAUGACUGGAACCCUUGAAGAACAUAACUUGACUACACCUUGCACGUUAUUUGUUCAGUGGUUGGAAGGAGAGGAGGUGGAAGAAAUCCGUUUGAACGCCCCAAAUCCUGAACCCAACAUGGUUGAAUGGCCCGAGGAGGACCUCAUUGAGAAAAUAGACUCAUCAGUAAACACAAAGUAA